UUAUGAGUACCGCACAAGGGUCUAUUUAUGGUUUUGCUUGUGGUUCAACCGAAUUAAGCAAGAUCCAAAAGAUAUAUCUGUUCGUGACGGCGAGCUGCGUCUACGCGACAGUCGUUAUUUUUCAGAUAGGAUAUUCUUCACUUCAAAGUCAAGCUGAUAGGUGUUCCCAGGAUACUUCCACUAUUCAAUUUUUUAUUAAUACAAUUUACGCUUUUAUUAAAAUAUAUGUCGUGGGUCUUAUACCAAUAAUUGCUAUUCGAAAGGCACUUAUACAAGAGUCAGUCCGCAUAGAUACAGCUCCAAGCUUAGCAGAAGAUUUAAAAUUAUUAUUUAGCAAGAAACGCGCUUAUAUCAUUCCUUUGGUUUACAUUAUUUCUGCCGUAUCCAUAGGGUCUACUUUUUUUGAUAUCAUUGAUAGGGAUCGUGGAAUAAAAAAAACUCUACUUUUGCAUCCUGGUGAUAAAAAUUUUUGGUGUCCAAUUCAUCGUAAAGAUAAUUGUAAAAGCCUCCUCCCAACAAUAAACGAGCAUUACCUGAUCGAGUUAAUCCACAACAUUACCUUAGGUAUUGUGUGUGGAUUUGACUUCCUGAUAUAUAAAAGACAUAAACUAACAUUCAAUAUCGUUGAGCCAAAAAAUAUGCUCGCUUUACAUAGAGAAUUCCUAGCUUUAUGGAAUCGAAAAAAACAUAUACUAAUCUGGAAUGUGGUUGUGACUGCGCUGCAAUUUGGAGGGCAUUUUUGGAUUGCAAAAUU